AUGGGGCGGCGGGCGGGCUGCUCGGUCCCGCUCUGCCUCCUCUUGCUCCUGCUGCAGUGCGGGCAGCGGCUGUGCCAGCGGGCAGCGUCGUGCCAGCCCGGCUUCGCCGCCGAGACCUUCGCCCUGACGGUGCCGCGGGACAGCGUGGCGGCGGGACGGGCCCUGGGCCGGGUGAGCUUUGUGGACUGUGGCGAGUCGCGCCGUGCCGCCUUCCUCCCGGAUGACACGCGCUUCAAGGUGAGCAGGGAUGGCAUCGUCACUGCCACCCGGCCCCUGCAGCUCCAGCAGCGGGACAUCACCUUUGCUGUGCACACCUGGGACACCGUGGGCAAGAGGCAUUCAGCCAAGGUGACGCUGCGCCCCCGGCGGCACCAGCACCGACACCACGAGCGGAUGCAGCAGGGCACGGUGCCAGACGUGCUGAUAUUCCCGGAGCACGGACACGGCCUCCGGCGGCAGAAGAGGGACUGGGUCAUCCCCCCCAUCAACUGCCCCGAGAACGAGCGGGGGCCCUUCCCCAAGAAGCUGGUGCAGAUCAAAUCCAACAAGGACAAGGAGACCAAGGUUUUCUACAGCAUCACGGGGCAGGGGGCGGACACCAUCCCCGUGGGUGUGUUCAUCAUCGAGCGGGAGACGGGGUGGCUGGAGGUGACAAAACCCCUGGACCGCGAGGAGAAGGACAAAUACCAGCUCUUCUCCCACGCCGUGUCGGCCAACGGGCAGCCCGUGGAAGACCCCAUGGAGAUCAUCAUCACCGUCACUGACCAGAACGACAACCGGCCCGUCUUCACCCAGCAGGUCUUUGUUGGCUACAUUGAGGAGAACGCAAAGCCGGGCACAUCUGUGAUGACCGUGAACGCUACGGAUGCAGACGAUGCGAUCAACGUGAACAACGGCAUCAUCGGCUACUCCAUCCUCAGCGAGGAGCCCAAGGGUGCACAGGACAUGUUCACCAUCAACGCCGCCAACGGCAUCAUCAGUGUCAUUGGCACGGGACUGGACCGGGAGACCACUCCCAACUACACGCUGAUCAUCCAGGCUGCAGACCAGGAAGGCUUUGGCCUGACCAACACUGCCACUGCCAUCAUCAAAGUCACCGAUGCCAACGACAACCCUCCCAUGUUCGACCCCGCCACGUAUGAGUCGUCAGUGAACGAGAACGAGGUGGGGGUGAUGGUGGCCCGGCUGCAUGUGACAGACCAGGACCUGCCCGGCUCCCCGGCCUGGAACGCCGUCUACCACAUCCGCAGCGGGGACCCGCAGGGCGACUUCGAGAUCACCACUGACCCCAAAACCAACGACGGGAUCCUGAAAACUGCCAAGGGCCUGGAUUAUGAGUCCCAGAGCCGGUACAAGCUCGUGGUGUCAGUGGAGAACCAGGCCCCCUUCACCGUGGAGCUGAAUCCUGCCACAGCCAAUGUCCUGGUGGUGGUCAGGGACGUGAAUGAAGCCCCGAUCUUCAUACCCCCAGUCAAGCAGGUGGAGGUGAGGGAGGAUGUGCCAGUGGGAUACCAGAUCACCUCCUACACAGCCCAGGACCCCGACAAGGACCAGAGGCAGAAAAUCACGUAUCGCAUGGGCAGUGACCCCGCAGGGUGGUUGGAAAUUGACCCUGAGAACGGCAUCAUCACGGCAGCCCAGGCCCUGGACCGGGAGUCGGCACACGCCAUCAACAGCACCUACAAGGCCAUCAUCCUGGCCGUGGACAACGGGUCACCAAACUAUGCCACUGGCACGGGCACGCUGCUCCUCGUGCUUGGGGAUGUGAAUGACAACGGGCCCGUGCCGGAGCCCCGGAGCUUCGACAUCUGCAACCGGCAGCCCGAGGAGCAGAUCCUGAAGAUCAUCGACAAGGACCUGCCCCCCAACACCCACCCCUUCAAGGCAGAGCUGAUGCACGGCUCUGGCAGCAACUGGACUGCCAGCGUGGUGCAACCAGACGAGGUGAAGCUGAGCAUGAAGAAGGAGCUGGAGCCGGGCGAGUACAGCAUCUUCCUGAAGCUGCUGGAUGCACAGGGCAAGGAUCAGAUCACAGCAGUGCGAGCCCAGGUGUGCAGCUGCGAGGGGCCAGCCAAGAACUGCGAGCGCAGAGCCUACAUCUCCGGUGGCAUGGGCGUGCCCGCCAUCCUGGGCAUCCUGGGGGGCAUCCUGGCACUGCUCAUCCUCCUGCUGCUGCUGCUGCUCUUCGUGAGGAGGAGGAAGGUGGAGAAGGAACCACUGCUCCCGCCCGAGGAUGACAUGAGGGACAACGUGUACCACUAUGACGAGGAGGGCGGUGGCGAGGAGGACCAGGACUACGACCUGAGCCAGCUGCACCGGGGGCUGGACGCGCGGCCCGAGGUGAUCCGCAAUGACGUGGCCCCCCCGCUGAUGGCGGCCCCCCAGUACCGGCCCCGCCCCGCCAACCCCGACGAGAUCGGCAACUUCAUCGACGAGAACCUGAAGGCGGCCGACACGGACCCCACGGCCCCCCCCUACGACUCGCUGCUGGUGUUCGACUACGAGGGCAGCGGCUCGGAGGCCACCUCGCUCAGCUCCCUCAACUCCUCCGCCUCCGACGGCGACCAGGACUACGACUACCUCAACGACUGGGGCGGCCGCUUCCGCAAGCUGGCCGAGCUCUACGGCGGCGGCGAGGAGGACGAGUAG